CUGAAGAAGGCGAGUGAGUCAGGCUGCAGAGCCUGAUGUACCCGUCUGUGCCGCGCCGCGCUUUGGCUCAGCCCGGUGGAGCUGCAGGAUGGGCAUGGAUCUCGGCAGAGCUGCAGGACGGGCAUGGAGCCUGGCAGAGCUGCGGGACGGCCACGGAGCCUGGCAGAUCCAUGGGAUGGGCACAGAGCCCACAGAGCUGUGGGAUGGGCAUGGAGCCUGGCAGAGCCGCAGGACGGGCACGGAGCCUGGCAGAGCUACGGGACAAGCAUGGAGCCCGGCAGAUCCAUGGGACGGGCACGGAGCCUGGCAGAUCCAUGGGAUGGGCACAGAGCGCACAGACCUGCAGGGUGGGCACAGAGCCCGGCAGAUCCAUGGGACGGGCACGGAGCCUGGCAGAUCCAUGGGAUGGGCACAGAGCCCACAGAGCCGUGGGACAGCUGCCGCCGCGAUGGAUGCUGACGAGCUCGGACCACGCAGAUGUCUACCUGGGAGGAUUUGCCAGCGCGGCCCCGGCGCUGGGCUCCCGCGGCAGGGACGGCGCAGAGUGUUUCACUCGCUGCCGAGAGGCUGCGGCACGCAGCUGCCUCCAGCGCGCCAGCGGAAAUUUAAAACAUGACAGACUUGGCAGUUUGCUCAACUCUGGGUAUUUUCCUUCUGACAAAGGGCAGCGAUCGCUGCCCGCUGCCGGAUGUGCCGGGCGUGCGAGAGGCUUCAGGGGGCUCAGCCCGACGCCGUCGAAAGGAAAGUGGGCUCCAGCUCUGUGUCCCUCUCUUCCGACUCACUAAGAAGGCUUUGAGUCUCCUCCUCUGUUUU